AUGGAAGCACAUGCUGAGAUUCGGCAUAAAGGGAAGUUAGCUCCGAGGUUCAUUAGACCAUUUGAAAUCCGAAAACGUAUCGGACCUGUAGCAUAUGAAAUAAACUUGCCCUCACAGUUGGCCAAGGUUCAAAAUGUUUUCCAUGUUUCUUUGCUGCGAAAAGCCGAUGUAGACCCUUCGAGAGUGUUACCUCAAGUGCCAGUGAAGGUAAAAGAAGACUUAACACUUGAGGUAAGACCGAUAAAGAUACUCGAUUGGGGCGAGAAAGAACUUCGUAAUAAGAAAGUUCCCAUCAUCAGAGUCUUAUGGCGAAGCUCACUAAUCGAGGAAGAAACAUGGGAGAGAGAAUCAGAAAUGAGACGAAAAUUCCCCGACUUGUUUAUAAACUCAGGAGGAGCAACCGGGAUUGGAUCUUCUGUUAGGGGAGGUCGCGAGACAGGCGAAGCAGCAUUCUAUCCUUUUAGCAGGUCCGUCAUCAACUCAUACUCCUGGCUAUUGUCCUGUGAGACCGCUGUAAUAGAGUCCUUGAUACGUCUAAAAUCUGCUGCUCUUGUGUCUGGUGCCGUGGUAGAAGUCCGUGGAUUGCCAGCUCUGAUUCCACUUGAUACAAGUGAGAAACGAUUAGUGCCAAUCUAG